AAGCACAGUGAACGCACCAUGUGGGGGCGGGGCUUACGUUUGAACGUCUAGCGGGGAAACAGACUCAGAUGGAGGAAGUGUUUGUGUGACUGUUAGCUAGCUAUGGUUUGAGUUAGUUAUGUGGCGCUAACUAGGUUCAAAUAAGGCUUUACGGAUAUAUUUGGGGAUGCUUGAGGUUGUUACGAAGGACUGUGCUGUAACUUAGCGUCUCUAUUUAGUAAAUAUGAACACCGGUAAUGUAGCUGUUAGCUAGGUUGCUAUUGUAACUAUCACUGUGUCUCAUGAGACAACAUUCAUUUUAAAAUGUCCUGUUAAACACGCUGAUAGUUGGUGAGAUAGUAACACAGUAAAGUCGUGACGUGAACCGUUUGUUGUUUCUUUUAUAUAACACGAACAGGUCGAGCAUUAUUUGUCUUUUACAAAAAAAAUGCCCAUCCGAGCAUAUUGUACAAUAUGCUCGGAUUUUUUUGACCACGACAGAGAUGUAUCUGCCAUUCACUGUGGACACACUUUUCACUACGAAUGUCUUCUUCAGUGGUUUCAGACCGCUCCUACCAAAACCUGUCCUCAGUGCAGGAAACAGGUCAGCACCAGACACAUCAUCAACAAGCUGUUCUUUGACAUUGGAGGAGGCGGGGAAGAAGGUUCUCCAGACCCAGAGAGCCUGCAGAAUGAGGUUGAUCGAAUGAAGGCACUGCUAAGCUCUAGAGAUCGAGACUGGCGGGAGAAACAGAAGGUGAUGGACGGCUUGAAGGACACAGUGAACAAGCAGAGGAGAGACCUGGACGCCAUGCGGAAAGAGGUCAUGGAUAAGGAGAUGGUCUGUGUCGCUCUCAAGAAGCAGAUGGUUUAUCUGGAGACGCAGCAGAACGAAAUUCAGGCAGCGAAGGAGGAGGUCCGCAGACUGAGGGGCAAAAUGAAAACCUUUGAAAGCCUGGACAUGCUGCUGCAGGGUCAGCGAGGCGAAGUGGAGUCCAUGAUCACAGAUAUGGGUGUGAGCCAGGGAGCAGUGGAGCAGCUCUCCAUUUACUGCAUCUCUCUGAAGAAAGAGUAUGACAACCUCAAAGGAAGCCUCAAGUCUUCAAACGACAUGUGUGAGAAGCUGAAGAGAGAAGUUCUCUCCUCAAACAGCAAGCUGCAGAAGGCUUCCCUGGAGGCGCUUCAGCUCAAAGAGGAGUUGAAGUCUCUGCAGAAAGACCUGGCCGGCGCUGACAAAGAGAUCUCUAGCCUCAAGAAGAAAGUGGAGUUUCUCCAGAAGACUCUGAGCACGCCGACGCGUGCCAACGAAGCCCUCGGCAGGCUCAUCUUCGAAAGCCCAGCGCCUCUGGAGCUGAAGCCCCCCCACCUCCACCAGCCGGCGCACGGAGACGACAUCGACCUCAACAUGACCUAUGACAUUGCCACGCCCGACGACGCGUCAAAGAGACCGGCCCAGGUUCCCUCGAAGAAGAUGCGGCUGGAGCGACCGGGAACGUCUUCGUCGAAACGCGGCGAGAAACUUUCCUCCCUGAGCAAGAAUGAAGAUUCAGCGCUUUAUCCUUUUUUGAGGAACUCCCUUCUCUUCAGAAAGAAGACUUUUGGAAGCAUGUUGGAACCUCAGAAGAAGGCUGGAGUCCUCCAAACUGGCUAUGAUGGAUUAGGAGGACGGACUAAAUUCAUCCAACCUUCUCCUUUAUCCGAGAUCCGGCCUCUGCUGAAAGCCAAAAGGAAAAAAGUGACUCGGCCUCCCUCUAAGAUUCCAAGAUGUCUGACUCUGGACAGCUUCCUGGAAUGAAGUCGGGACAUUUGGGGGGAGAAACAAAUCAUUGGUGCUGCUGUGGCCCAGGGGGUGGGAGGGUACGGGUCAGGCAGCAGAACUUUGUAAUUACUUUAUUUAAAAAACAGGAAAAUGCACCAAACAAAACAACAAAUGCUGCCUUUAUUUUUUUUAACAUCAACAUGUCUGAUGUAUAUAGUCUUUUUUUUUUGUUGUGUUGAGAUGAAUUUGUACUCAGUCUGUCCUGAAGGCGCUUCUGACUAGACGCAUUAUUGUCUGAGUUUUUUAUUUUCCCAUUUUCAGCUUAUUUUUACGGCAUUAUGUCAUAAAGAUUCACAUUUAGAUUAAUUAUGUUAUGUUUGUGUCAACCAUCCCAAAAAUAAACCUUUUUGUUUUAUUUUG